ACGCCGGAUACUCGUGCAACCGUACUCUCGCCGAUUGAUACUGUGUUCCACCUUCACAGUCAGCCGGUCGGACAGUCAGUCGGUAGUCGCGACGUAUCGCGGUAAACUCGUCUCGCCGAUUCCGACGCGAACGUUUCUCUGUGCUAGCACGCGAGUGUACUUGCAACAACUUGGCCAUCGACCGAUCAUUGCGCUACGUGUAUAUCAUUUCUUUUUCGCGAUCUCAUCGUGACCGAGCACACGGCUGUGUCUUCCUGCUGAAGGUCUUGUCACUAGAACAUCAGAUCUAUUUCUCAGACAAGGUAGAAGUGCGCCGGUCCAACCAAUACGAACCUAAUAGUAUUAAAGGGUUAACAAGUAUCCAGUUAGAAAACAAGCGCGCAGUACUGUAUCACAGUUGGUCGAAGUAACAACGUACCUCUCCAGUUCAAUGAGAUAUCAAAAUUAUUCAGAUGUCAAACUUUCGAAAAACUAAGAAAACAUACGGAUAGAUAAUAAUCGAUGAGUAAAAAUCAUACAAUUCAAAUUACGAGAAGGCUCGAUUAAACUUUCUCCAAUGCUCUUUAAGAUUUGCAAAAGGUAUCUUCUACUUGACAGAAAAAAAUAAAUAAAAAUGUCAUCGGAAAUGACCGGAGGAGGGACCAACAUGGCAUACCACGGCCUUAGUCAACACGUCAAUUUUGACGUGAUACCGGAUCCUGGCGAGCGCUUUCGAUUGGAAGAAUUAAUUGGCGAGGGUACAUAUGGCGAAGUAUACGCCGCUUACGACAAGGAAACCGGCAACAAAGUUGCUAUCAAAAUACUGGAGAAUGUCGCUGAUAAUAUUGAAGAGAUCGAAGAGGAAUAUCUAGUGUUGAGAGAUCUAAGUCUACAUCCGAAUAUUCCUCUCUUCCACGGUUUGUUUCUGAAACGUGCAAAGCCUGGUCAAGAGGAGGAUCAAUUAUGGUUCGUGAUGGAGUUGUGUACUGGAGGCUCCGUAACCGAUCUAGUACAAGGUCUCAAAAAACGUGGCAGUCGCCUAACGGAUGGCCAAAUAGCUUACAUCUUAAAGGAGACCGUCGAAGCCCUGAUCUUUCUGCACAGUAAUCACUGUAUGCAUCGUGACGUGAAAGGUCACAACAUUCUGCUUACCGAAGAAGCACGCGUUAAAUUGGUCGAUUUCGGCGUGUCUUCGCAUCUGGCGGCGACGCUCGCUAGGAAAAAUACAUCUGUUGGAACGCCUUAUUGGAUGGCGCCAGAGGUGAUAGCUUGCGAGCAGCAAUUGGACUCUUCGUAUGAUUCACGCUGCGACGUCUGGUCAAUCGGUAUCACCGCUAUCGAAUUAGCCGAAGGCGACCCCCCUUUGUCGGAAUUGCAUCCUAUGCGGGCGCUCUUUCAAAUACCGCGGAAUCCACCCCCUUCGUUAAAAAAUCCGGACAUCUACACGUCAGAACUGACGGAUUUCAUAGCCGAAUGUCUAGUGAAAGAUCUCGAGCAUCGGCCGUUCGCGAGCGAAUUGAGGGAGCAUCCGUUGUUAACGAGCGUAGAGCCAAUAGUGGAGAAAAUUAGAGGUCAACUGCGCGAGGAAAUUCGCAGGCAGAGGGAGGAAGGCCGUAUUCACCGGCAGCCAGAAGUGACUACAAAACACGGCAAAUUGAAGACAGACCGCAAGACAAGGCCCGAGAAGAUGUACAUGGAUGAUCUGGCAGCUCUCGACAUGCUGUCGGAGGAGGCUAUUGUCGAUCAAUUGCAGCACCGAUACGAGCAAGCGCAGAUAUACACGUACAUCGGGGAUAUAUUGGUGGCCGUUAAUCCGUUUACAAAUCUGGGUUUAUACACUGGUAUCGAACAAAAACGGUAUAAAGGUCAAGCAAGAUCGGAUAAUCCUCCGCACAUAUUCGCGGUUGCCGAUGCCGCAUAUCAAGCACUACUUCAUCAACGUCAGAACCAAGCGAUAGUUAUUAGCGGUGAAUCAGGCGCCGGAAAGACGGAAAGCGCGAAUUUAUUGUUAAAACAACUCGUGUAUCUGAGUAAGGCGCCGAAUCGCAAUCUCGAAGAGAGAAUACUUCAAAUAAAUCCCAUAAUGGAAGCCUUCGGAAACGCUACAACCGGCAUCAACGCGAACUCAUCCAGAUUCGGCAAAUACCUAGAUCUAACAAUGACGAAAGGCGGAAAGGUGACUGGUGCGCGAAUCUCAGUAUAUCUAUUAGAACAAUCACGAGUGAUCGCGCAGGCUGAGGGUGAGCGAAAUUUUCAUAUAUUUUAUUAUAUGUACGAUGGCUUGGAAGCGGACAAUCGCCUUUCGGAAUUUUAUCUCGACCCUACACUUCGGAAGUAUCAUCGGUAUCUCACGCAUUACAGUCACACGUCUCAAACGCACAUCGACAAGUUUCAACAGCUCAAGAUGGGUUUCAAGGUACUCGGGUUUCACGAUAGUGAGGUAGACACGGUGUAUCGAGUUUUAGCCGCUAUAUUACAUUUGGGCGACAUCGAAUUCGCCGAAGUAGCAACUGAAGAUAACACCGAUAAUAAGAGCAGAGUCAUCGACACUAUUCCGUUACAUAGAGUUUCAAAACUACUCGGCGUCGAACAAAACGAUCUCUUGGAAGCCCUGACAUCAAACUCGGUAAUGACCAGAGGCGAGACAAUUACGCGAAACAAUACCGUAGCCGAGGCUCGUGCAGCUCGCGAUGCCAUGGCCAAGGGUCUCUACGGUCGGCUCUUCGAUUGGAUGGUCAACCAGAUCAAUUGUCUGCUGUGCUUCAGCCGUUCACCAAAUUACGAGCCACUAGCGAUCGGGUUACUCGACAUUUUCGGCUUCGAGAACUUUCCCAGAAACUCAUUCGAACAACUCUGCAUCAAUAUAGCUAAUGAGCAGAUACAAUAUUAUUUCAACCAACAUAUCUUCACUUGGGAACAACAAGAAUACAUGGCCGAGGGGAUACCCGUGGAUCUCGUCGAGUUUUCCGACAACAGACCAGUUCUCGACAUGUUACUCAGCAAGCCCAUGGGACUGCUGGCACUUCUCGACGAGGAGAGCCGAUUUCCCAGAGCAACCAAUCGAUCUCUAAUCGAAAAAUUCCACAACAACAUUAAAUCAAAAUUCUACGUGCGGCCGAAAUCAGAUGCGGUCUGUUUCGCGAUUCAUCAUUUCGCCGGUCGUGUAGUCUAUCAAGCCGAGGGAUUCCUUGAGAAGAACAGAAACUUUCUGCCACCCGAAGUCAUUCAACUCGUACGACAGUCACAGUACGAUAUGGUUCGUUUCUUAUUCCAAUGCCCAAUCACGAAAACUGGAAAUUUAUACUCGGCGCUGCAGGAAAAUGAUUCGAAAAAGUCACAGUCGAAUCAAAACACAAAGGAACGUUAUUCUAGUCGAGGUUUAGCGUCGCAAUCGAGAGCACAGCAAACAGUGGCAACAUACUUUCGAUAUUCUUUGAUGGAUUUAUUACAAAAAAUGGUAUCCGGUUCGCCUCAAUUCGUUCGGUGUAUUAAACCAAACGAUUCGAAAAGUCCACGUUUCUUCGACAAAGACAAAGUUGUAAAGCAAUUGAGGUACACCGGUGUUCUCGAAACAAUACGUAUAAGACAAAAUGGAUUUUCUCAUAGAAUACCGUUCAACGAAUUCCUUAAAAGAUAUUGCUUUCUCGCUUUCGGCUACGAUGAACGCGUGGUCGCCAAUCGGGACAACUGUCGAAUUCUUCUGCUACGUUUGAAGAUGGACGGAUGGGCAUUGGGCAAGACAAAAGUCUUCCUGAAGUACUACCACGUCGAAUUUCUCUCAAAACUGUACGAGGAACAAUUGAGGAAGAUUAUUAUAGUUCAAGCGUGUGUUCGACGAUGGCUCGCGAAAAUGAGAUUCAAAAAGCAAAAAUGGCAAUUCGCUGUAUCAGUGGUCACGCUGCAACGCCAUAUCCGAGGAUGGUUGUCCCGAAAACAGACGGGAGAAAUGUUAGCUCAAAAACACCUGACAGAGAAAAAUGCAACACCUGUUCAUUUACUCAAUGAAAAACGUAAAGCGCUAAAAAACACUGAUGUGAAUAAUCGCGAGGAACAACGGCAAGCACGCAAAAAUCUAAAAAAGGACGAUGCUGCAGUCAUUAUACAAAGUCAUUUCCGAGGUUACACUAUUCGAAAACGUUUUGGAUACGAACUGGAGGAGCGGUUUAAGAGGAUUUUGAAUAAUUAUGAUAACAUCUACGACGGCCACAAAGCGUUGUUACGCGAAGGAUUAAAGCACGAGGACGCAGCUCUCAUUGUUCAAAGAUGGUACAAAAAAGAAGAAAGAGUGAUCAGAAGGAAACCAGUUGCAAAGGAUCCCAUACAUCCUAAACUGCGACAAGCGGAUCUAAUUCAGUUCUCUCAAAAUGUACACAUGAAGAACCAGGAAGUACACAAAAAUUUGCGGCGCAAUAAACCCGGAAUCAGAUUGAGCGAUCUCGAGGAGCCGUCGCAGGAUUACGUGCGUCCUGAAGGAUUCAAUAUGGUGCAAUCGAUAUUGCAAUAUCACAGUGGAACGCAGCCGGACGAGGAAGACAGCGUCAAAUAUUAUCGGGAUCUGAAGGAGGAGAUGAGCAGUGGUUCGGAAUUCGAAGACGACGAAGUUGGCUGGGACUCACCGUUGAUACGGCUAGAAAAUGACCUUCACCCUUUGUCUUCGAGGAACCGGAGUGGCCAAGUUUUGGAAAUAAAUGCCGAGAGGAGGAAUCGUGUGGCUCAGAGCGAUUUUACGGUAGCACCAGAGCAGCAUCUGUCAAACAUUUGGCACAAAGCCCUGCGACAUUCGUCCGAUCAACGCGAAAACGAGAAUUCCAAGAAAAAUCUCAGUACAAGGAUUAAUGACCUGCAUGGCAACAACGUGCAAUCGCACGCAGGCGGACAACGUGGAACCAAUUUUCCGCAUAUCAACGAUCCAACUGGCUUACGAUUCACGAUCGACAAUCGAUAUCACGCUGUAAACGAACGACAGAACGUCCUCAAUGGACAGAAUCUUGUUAACGGUCACCAUAAUUCCAUCAACGAGCAUCAUACAUCGGUCAAUGAUUACAACAACCAUCACUCACCAACAGCAAUUCACAGCAAAAUAAGCAACGGCAUUGCACAGAGCAAAAUAAAGAUUUCGAAUAACGAACAACCAAAGAUAACUAACGGCUUGAAAAAUAACAAAUCCGAACAACCAGUAUAUCGAUCGAGUCAUAAACAAAACGAUUAUCCGAUAAAAAAUCAUCAAAAUAAUGUGGACCACAAGAAUGGUAUCAAUAGAUUAACGAAUGAAAAAUCUACGGACGAAGAACAGCUUCAGAAAGAUACUUUUAAUAUUGCGGUUAAUCUGAGACAGCUUCUAAGGCCAACGGUCAUCGAGAAGCGACAGGAAAGUGCCAAGGUUGAGUACGACGCGGAAGACAUUAACGGCCCGUACAAUUUCAGACAGCUGCUAAGGCCGACUGGAUAUCUCCCAACGGAAUCCUUAAGGAAGAGAAAAGGAGGUUUGGUGUCUAACGGAGUGCCACUGCCAAAGGACAAGGUUCCGGAGAAACACGUUAAGAGAAGAGCGCCAUUGGCACCGACCCAAAAUAAACUUGCCAACGGAAAGAAAUGACGCUACUAUGUAUUAUUCAAUAGGGAUAUUUGAUUUUUCGAGAAAUUUCAUAUUUCACAAAGAACGAUUUUAUUCCAAUGAGUAAUAAGAUUAUAGUUAAUUACUCUUGUAAAAUACUAAAAAAUUCUUCUUUUUUCGAUGUGUAUAUAAGUAAGUUAACGGAAAUUUUAUCAUUAUUGCCAUUAAUAGGAAAAAAGUAAUCGUAUCGCUAUCAAUCUUAAAGUCGCGUGAUUUCCAAGUCUAACGACUUCUUUAUGGUAAAUUGUAAUAUGCCAAAAAUAAACAUUUACGUAAAAACAGAAAUAUAUAUAUGUUUCACGAUGGUUGAUUUGAGAAUAUAAUCAACGGUACUAACCACUUGUGUUCUAUAUUGAUUUAUUAGUAAAGACUUCUAGAAUUUAUCACAAAUUUAUUUAUAUUUGUGACAUUAUAUAAUUAUAU